UGAUUUGGAGGACAUGUAGAACACAUUAUUUAUUACAUAUCUUAAUAUACCCACAUAUUAAGCUCAGCACAAACCACCAUGACUAGCUACAUAUAUAAAAGUAAAACUGAAGACCCCUCCCUUAUGUAAUGAAUACCUUAUAAAAUCCCCACAAACCAGACGAGAAUAGUUUAGUUCGCUCCGAAACGGUGUAGAAGUGUGCUGUGUUGUAUGUAGAGCUAUGGAUACCUUUUGGAGACUACUGUGCCUAAGUUUGGGACUGAUGGGAUGCCUGCACUUGAGCCAGGCAAAUGAGGUGGACAGUGUUGCCACACCAAAUAACGCGACUGAAGCAGACUCGAUAAUAACAUGUAAUCCGGCAUGUGGAGACAAUAUGGUGUGCGUGGAGCCCAACAAAUGUCGACCAGUGUGUACACAAGGUUGUGGUGAGCACGGCAUCUGCAGUGCGCGCGACACAUGUGCCUGCGAGCAGGGCUACGAGUUCGAUGAGAAGCGCCAUCGAUGCCUGCCCAAAUGUCGGCCGGCAUGUGGACCGCAUGCUGUCUGUAAGGAUCGUAAUGUUUGUGAGUGUUUGCCGGGCUACAGUGGCAAAGACUGUCACCCAAUCUGUAGCCCAGACUGUGGGGAGCAUGGAAACUGUGUGGCUCCAAACAAAUGUGCCUGCGAGCAGGGCUACGAUUGGCAAGCAAAGUACAACAAAUGCCAGCCCAUAUGUUAUCCGAUUUGUGGACCCAAUAGCCAAUGUGUUCGCCCCAAUGUCUGCCAGUGUAUGCGGGGCUACGCGAAGCUGAACGGCAUUUGCCACCUAAUGUGUCCACACGGCUGUGGCCCGCACGGCAUUUGUGUGGGUCCCAGGAAAUGUGACUGCGACACCGGCUACGAAUGGGACAAGCUGCAAGCGAAAUGCCGGCCCAAAUGUGAGCCAAGAUGUGGACUGCAUAGCUACUGCGACAGAUCGAAUCAUUGCAAGUGUAACAAGGGCUUUAUACCCAACGAUCUGCAUAGCCUCAGCUGUUCCAGGCCUCUGAACUGGUGGGUCUAUCUAGUGAUUGCCAUCAUGGUACUCGUAAUAGUCUGCAGCGUGGCUGGCAUAAUAGUCUGCUGCGUGAAACGCGGCAAUAAUGUCAGCUAUUAUCCCAAUUCCAAUUUCUCUGAUACGUCCAGAAUUGUGGGCUAAGCUUGAGCAUUACCAACUACGAACAAUGAGCUAUUCAUCAAUAAUAGUUGUACAUAUUAAAUAUAGCUGCCGCUUUUUAACCGCAACCGAUAAGAAUUAUAAAUAUUUGCGUUGCUCUGAUAUUUUUAAAAUACAACUCAUAUUGCAAUCUUUCAAAGUUA